GUCUCAGGCUAGCUCCUGUUAAAUUUUGUUGUUUUGACAGUAUUUUCUUGAGAUGUUGAUCUGUGAGGAGAAUUAGCAGUCGUCUCAUUAUCAAAUGUAUCCAAUCACUUGUAUGGGAAGUCGUUAUUUUGUGUGAAAUAUUAUCCGGAAUGACGUCUUGCUGGGAAAUACACAUUGUGUAAAUUAGGCCUUGGCUUGAGCUUGAUGUGUGUACGAGUCCAUGCAUAGCCAUCAUGUUGGACUUACAAGCCACCAUAGAGUUUGCGGUCGAGUUGGAGCGCUUCCAUAACAUCGAUCUUUUUCAAAGAGGAUUCUACAAUCUUCAUACUUUUAUCAAGGUUCCUCCAAAGACUCCUCUGAAAUAUGAAGUAUUCCUGCCUAAGAUACCAGCUUUUGAGCUGGUUGCCCCACCCUGCAUCACUCAAGACAACUUGGCGAUUUCUAAGACGUUUCAGAUUCUGUAUAAGAAGGAGGAGGUCCAGCUCGAUGAUUGUAUUCUCUUCAAAGUGUAUCUCUUAGUGGACAGCACAAAGAUCGAGGAGUGCAUCAAUAACGCCAACAUUCAGCUAGGUAUUGAGCUUCACUAUGGAACCAGUGAACAGCCGCCUGUUACUCCUGCUGCCCUUGAACAGGUAAGCAGUCGUACCGUCCUGCUACAUCUGGGUUUGGCUACUGGUCUACACAGUCACAUACCUGUUCUCUUUGACUAUUUCCACCUGUCUGCUGUUUCUAUGACGAUACAUGGCACCAUUACCAGCUUGCAUCAAGCUACUUUCAGCGUCCCUCGAGCUCCUAAGUCUGGUUGGCUGAACAAGAUCUCAGGAGGGAAUUCCCCUGCCAAGCAGCUUCCUAUACCAACCCUGGAAUGUGUGCUCUUUGGCAAUCAGACAAGGCCUCCUCUCAGUGCCAGUGUGGAUAAAUACACAGUAGCUGCCAACAUACUAGCCCAUGCGUACAAGACAUUCAGCAGUCUUUGUCAGCUCCUACUCCGUAUCCGUACUGGCUUGUGUCAAAGCUUCAAUGAAUUCAUCUCAUUCCUUCCUCCAAAUCAACAAUUCUGUGUUGAUCAAUUCAAUGACAGGGAGAGGCUGGAUGUGAUGUGUGAAGUUGUCAGGAAUCUGAACAGCGAGGAGGAGAUUGUUGCAUCAGUAAACACGUCCCUGGCUCAGCUCUCAGGUGAGAUCUGUCUUGUUUGGACCAAGUACAUGGACGUCCUGGUAGGCCAGGAGAGAGUCAGGGUGCAUCUAAGGGAUAAAUACCAUCACGCCAGGGUGCAGCGAUUCUCGGAAGCAUUCUUCACCCUGAGCCACCCGAAGUCCAACUGCCUAGCCUUCAACGAGCUGAGUAGUAUGGGAUAUUCCUCCAUCGUCCAGACCCUGAGGAGCUCAGCCUAUGGGUCAACUCUACCACCUCUAUCCAUUGAAUGCAGUGAGCUGGAUGGAGAUGCAAACUCUGUUCCGAUUGUCUUUGAGGAUCGUUACCGUGAUGAUAUCACAGAGAGCCCUGCAGAAAGGAAACUCAACCUUGAAGAAGUAACAUUGAGCCUAAAGAACCUCACCAAGCAAGGAUCACCUUUCCGCACCACCAAAAGCCGUUCGCCAUUCGCUGAAAGAAGGACUCGUAAAGAGCUCAUUCAGGAUGGGACAGACGGUAGCGUGCGUAGCAAGUCAAAGAAAGGAAAAAUGAAAUCCAUUAAGCAUAUCAAGCCUGAUUUUCUACGAAAGGGCCUUGGCUCACAUUCCAACCAUGGGGGCGCCAUUCCUCGAGACAUCCGAUGCUACGAGAUCAAGAACGAGGCUUGCGCAGGGAUGCAGAAGCGUUCGUCCUUGAAAGAGAGUGGCAAACAGACAUCCCCAAUGCUAUCAGGUGCGGUGCCAAACUCAAUCUCCAUGCCAAUUCUCUCUCCUAGUAUGGGCUCAACGUCCAUGGGUGUGGAUGAGUGUAGUGAUUAUGACAACCUGGAGGAUGGCCGCGUUGCCAGGCCGCUCAGAAGCACUCAGUCAGCCGAAGACAUUCUAAAUGGUAUGCAUGAUGGGCAGAGUGAUGCAAGUACAUGCAGCAUUACAGGUGAUCCUCCGUACGGAAGCAAUCCUCUGUUAGACGCUGUCCUGAACCCUGAGAGGGCUGCACAGGGCACCACUGAAAACAUGGCAUUGUUAGAAACAGAUGACAUUGAUAUCAGUCUGCUAGAUCAUACAGGGCUUUCAGAUCAGAGUGACCAACGCAGGAGUGUCAGGUUGAGCUUCCUGCAGAACGGGGAUCCAAACGAGGACCAGAUCUUGAACAGCCUCUCCAAGUAUCUUCAAAAGCAGAUGACGAUGUCGGAGGCUAACCUUCGGAAGGCGGAACUAGAGGCAGGAGAGGGCAGCUCUCUACUAAGGAGGGAAGAACAAGAUGUGCAAUCGAACGGAGGGGCAAUAGAUAAUGGGGUUGAGAGUUCCACCAAUGAUGAGGAGGUCUUUGAUGACCUUGCCAUCAAUGGAAUCACUUUAGAUGAUGAUGAAGAGUUAGAGGUGGAGGGGGCAACUGCAAUAAUCUCCAAUGUGCAAUCCUCUGCUGUUAUCAAUGGGACACAUGCAGAAUUGAACGGUAAGACUAUACAUGAAGGAGGUGUUCAACAAACCAAUGGCAGUAUUAGAACUCAAAUUGGCUUACAGGAAGUGGAUGGUGCUUCCUGGCCUAGCGGAGCUACAUCGAUGGACGGAGCAGCCGAGAUCGGUGUUAUGGACAAUACUUACGCUAGGAGAGACAUAUCAUCAUCUCGAGAAGGUCUCAUCUGCGAUCAGCCUGAAAGUGAGAAUGCAAACGAUGCAGUAGUUAUCACGGACAUUGAACCCACUAAGAAACAGAGAGGUCAUAAACACAAGAAGGGACCCCAUGAACACAAGCACCACUCCAGCGGUGGAGGGGUGGGGAGCUGCGCUGGCUGUUUCUCUUUCAUCCACUCCUCCGCAUCUCCUUCCAACUCCUUCACUGAGCCAUGUCUCGUGAAACCAGUAUUACCGUUAGAAUCGUCCACCAGUACUUCAUCGUCCAGCGUGAAUGCAGUGGGUCAGAGUAACAGUGUGUCCAGUGCAGGCUCUCAGGAGGGCAUGACUGACGGUGAGGAGCACAGGCCUAAAGAUGGACAAAGCUAUGUGAAUGCCAGAGUCGCGUUCAAGCAGAAGCUUCAUUACCCUGGUCAGAUGUAUUGUGAUCUCCAAGAGAGAGCAUCUCAGCUUCCAUACUUCAGCAUCCCUCCUGCCACCCCGCAUCAAGAGGACGAGGAGCAGGGGGUUGAGGUCCAUCUCAUCAUCUGCGUUCAUGGGCUGGAUGGAAACAGGGCUGAUCUGAGACUGCUUAGGACGUAUCUAGAGCUGGGCUUGCCUGGAGAGAAACUUGACUUCCUCAUGUCCGAGAGCAAUCAGGGUGACACAUUUGCCAACUUUGAGACGAUGACGGACAGACUGGUCCGAGAGAUCGUCUACUAUGUGGAGGUCUUCAGGGUCAAAACGAACAGGGUCAGCUUCAUAGGUCAUUCUCUAGGUAACAUCAUCAUCAGGUCAGCGUUGACCAGACCGGAGCUAGAACCAUUCCUUGGAAAGCUUCAUACUUUCCUUUCCUUGUCUGGACCGCACCUGGGUCAGUUAUACAACAGCAGUACCAUCGUCAAGACAGGUAUGUGGCUGAUGCAGAAAUGGAAGAAGUCCAACUCCUUGUUACAGCUAGCUCUGAGAGACCACACAGACCUCAGACAAACCUUCCUAUACAAGCUCAGUGAAGAUUCAGGUCUGUCUAACUUCAAGCAUGUAGUGUUGGUGGGUUCUCUUCAGGAUAGCUAUGUACCCAUCCACUCAGCCAGGAUAGAACUGUGCAGAGCAGCGCUCAAAGAUAGAUCAUUAUAUGGAUCUGUUUACACGGAGAUGUUAAAUAAUCUCAUGAAGCCCCUGGUCACCAACCCUGAGGUAUCCAUCGUCCGAUACGACGUCCACCACACCCUCCAGACCUCUGCUAACUCGUUGAUUGGCAGAGCAGCUCACAUAGCUGUCCUAGACUCUGAGCUCUUCAUUGAGAAGUUCAUGAUGGUCGCCGGUCUCAACUUCUUCAAAUGAAGACCUCAUCUAGCCCCUGGUCACCAACCCUGAGGUAUCCAUCAUCCGAUACGACGUCCACCACACCCUCCAGACCUCUGCUAACUCGUUGAUUGGCCGAGCAGCUCACAUAGCUGUCCUAGACUUGGAGCUCUUCAUUGAGAAGUUCAUGAUGGUUGCUGGCCUCAACUUCUUCAAAUGAAGACCUCAUCUAGCCCCUGGUCAUCAACCCUGAGGUAUCCAUCGUCCGAUACGAUGUCCAUCACACCCUCCAGACCUCUGCUAACUCGUUGAUUGGCCGAGCAGCUCACAUAGCCGUCCUAGACUCGGAGCUCUUCAUUGAGAA